UAGAGAGAAAGGGCUUCAUCACCCCCAAUCCGCUGCAUUCCUCUUUGGGCGACGAUUCAACACGAAAAAAUGACGCUCUGGAAGAGGGCCACCGGUGCUAUUAAAGACAAGAACAGCCUAAUCCUGGCCAACUUUUCCAGAAGAACUUCCUUUAGGAAUCCUGAUCUUGAGGGUGCCAUCAUCAAGGCCACAAGUCAUGAUGAAUAUCACAUUGAAAAAAGGAAUGCGCAAAUAGUGUUUUCGUGGAUUCGGGCGUCCCCAAUUAGCCUACGCCCUCUUGUUUGGGCUCUGUCUAACAGGAUGGAGAAGACGCGGAGUUGGGUGGUUGCCAUUAAAGGGCUGAUGCUCAUGCAUGGCAUUUUUCAUUGUAAGGUCCCAGCGGUUCAAAAGAUGGGUCGUUUGCCAUUUGAUCUGUCGAGUUUCAGCGACGGACAUUCCAGGUCAAGCAAAGCAUGGGGUUUCAAUGCUUUUAUUCGUGAAUACUUUGCAUUUCUAGAUCGAAGAGCAGUCGUUUGGUUUGAGCAUGACAACAGAUCAAAAACCGAGGAAUGUCCAUUGAUGGUGCAGCAGCUUUCGAAGCUGCAGAAAUGGCAAUCUUUGCUUGAUAUGUUGCUUCAAAUUAGGCCUCGAGCGGAGAACAUGAAGGUCCUUUUAAUUCUCGAAGCCAUGGAUUGUGUCAUCAUUGAGAUAUUCGACGUUUAUAGCAGAAUAUGCAGUGAGAUUGCAAAGGUUUUGUUGAAAAUACAUUCAGUUGGUAAACUUGAAGCUGUAAUGGCCCUUAAGAUUCUUCAAAAGGCAACGACACAGGGUGAAGAACUUUCUCUAUUUUUCGAAUUUUGCAAGGAAUAUGGCGUUUUAAACGCCAACGAAUUCCCCACAGUUACUCACAUUCCGGAGGAAGAUGUUCAAGAACUUGAGAGAAUAAUCAAUGGGGAUUCAGCCAAGACAUACAAGAACGAUGAUUUCAAGGAAAAGAACCAAAUGGCAAUAGUUGUGAGUGAAGAAAACAGUGCACUUUGUGAACAGAGAGAAACAAGGGGAGCUUUGAAGACAAUAAUAACAGACAAAUGGGUGGUUUUUGAUGAAAAUAUAAAGAUCAAUGGUUUCUCUUUCCCUAAUGAAAAGAAUACUGCUGCUCCUGAAGAAGCUGCUGGUACAUCAAAUCUACCUCUUAUACCCAUUGAUGAUGUGCCUGUUUAUAAUCAUCACUAUGAAAUUCCGGAUUUAAUUAGUUUCUAGCGGUUGGAACAAUUCGUUAAUGUAUGCCUAGCUUUGCUCUCAAGGACCUAUGUGCCUGCUUAUAAUCAUCACUAUGAAAUUCCGGAUUUAAUUAGUUUCUUAGCAGUUCGAACAAUUCGUUAAUGUAUGCCUAGCUUUGCUCUCAAGGACCUUCAAUCAGUUCCUGACAACUCUUUUUGGAUUACAUGUGUACAAGCAAACCAAAAAAUAAAAAGAUUAUAAAUGCAGUAUUUUUUCUGUACUCUUCGUCUAUAUAUACAGUAAUGCAGGGGUAUCCAUCUUUAUUUACGCGUUUGUUUGUUUAUAUUUAAUUAAGAUUUAUGAUAUCAUGAAUGUAAUGGUUGAUUCUGAGCGUUAGAACAAGGUGGGGAACAUGGAUCGGCUAUCGCCUCAGAAAGAAAGAAUAAUAACACGCGCGCGCACACACCAAAGAAAAAGGAUGAAAAAAUUCCUGGAAGAAACAAAAUCAUUGUUUCCCUGAUGUCUUGAUGUUGAUAUGACCUAUAUUCUUAGGCUACACUCAGAUAUAGUUUGUCUCCAGAACAAUAACUGCAAGCGAACACAAAUAAUUGCCUUCAUAGAACUCAAUUUUAUCAAUGCUCAAACAUAUUCAGGUGUUUUCAAAGACUAAUAAAGACCUCGAAUAAGCCUCCAGAGUCCAUAUCCACCUUCCCUCUACGAGUUCUGAAACCAUUCAUUGGAAAUAUAUGGCAAGGGCCUAUAUGCUUGUUCAGAGGAACAAAAAAUGAACUACGUAAAACAGGGUAUCUUUUAUUAUGAACCACAAAAAACGACAUGAAACCUAAAUAAGUUUUCUGACAUUCCUCAACAAAAAAUGUCCAGCUGACCCCGGAACUGAUUUCAUGGUAUACACAUAUACACAGACAGACAAGUAUACAUACUAUGAUAUAGCAACCUAUACCAUGGAACCUGUUACCAUAGAAUCAAUGGAUGAUUCAAAUGUCAAGUAACAACUAUCAAAAUAAUUAACAUCAUUAAGACUAAUAACAACAAUAAGAAGUAACUAGCCUUCAAAUUGUUUGAACCAGAAUCUGCAGUGGAACCUACCAUCACUUAUAAAAGCUGCAAUUCAGCAGGGAAUAGGAGGAAAGGAGCCAACCGGUAAACAAAAUAUCAAAUCUUUCCUUUACAAUGAUAUCCAUAUCCUAAUGGAUUUUACAAUAAAUAGCGCAGCACCUAAUGAAAGAAACAAUAAAAUCUGUCCUUAACACUGCAAUUAAAUGACAACAAACCACCUUGACCAGCAAAUUGCACACAUUACUGACUAAGCAAAACACAUACAACAAUAAAUAUAAGCAUGGCAAUGUCAUAUUGAUCUUAGAACAAUAUUCUUCUAUUAAAAAUAACAAGAUGAUUUGGAAACAAAGUUUACACAAAUUCUAGUGAACAAAAUGCUCCAAAACAUGUUUUAUACAUUUUACAGAAUAUCUUAUGGUUUUUAACUUUCAGUUGCUUAAGAAAGGAGAAGAUUGGUUCUUGAUCUCAGUCAACAUUUUCUUAGGCAUUGCUACAAUAUGCCUCUUUUUCCUCCCUGCUAGCAAAUGACAGAGUGAGUAGAAUUUGGACGGAGUUGCAAAAGAGAAGUAAGAUCAUUCUACUUCUCAGUAUAGCUAUUUGGUAUAAUAGAAAAAUCUGGAGGCACGAAUAACCAUAGGUAACUGACCAACAUAUCUAAAGCUAAUGACUUUCAAAGAGGCUUUAACAUAAAUGCACAACAAACCAUGCCUUAUUUCAUCACCUAGAACAAUUUGGCAAGAGUUCCCAACAAAGAUUAUGCUAUAUCUUUUAGUAUAACUGAAUCAAUGCAGAAGUAGAAAGCAAUUACUCUAAAAUCUAUGCAAUAGAGAUUAGAGAAUAAAUCAGCAUAGAUGUAAUCAAUUUUUAAGUUUUAACAAACUUUCAUCCUUGACAUAAGAUGAGUAUCAUCAAAAUGCAAUACUUGCAUCAAUUUAUAGUCAGCAAAAGGGGACAAGACUAUGAAUUUUAGACCUCGGACUUUGUUCUCCAAGUAAAUACUUCAAUCCAACCCCCAACCUCCACCCCAUCCCCCCC